AUUAAGAAGUAGUAAAUGUGUUUAGGAAGAGAAAAUAAAAACCUAGAACCGAGCAGCAGCGCCGGGUCUGGAGUGGAGGUGCCCCAGCGGUGUUGUUUCUCGAGCAGCGGCAGUUCUCACUACAGCGCCAGGACGAGUCCGGUUCGUGUUCGUCCGCGGAGAUCUCUCUCAUCUCGCUCGGCUGCGGGAAAUCGGGCUGAAGCGACUGAGUCCGUGAUGGAGAAAGAAAAGGAACAAUUCCGUAAACUCUUUAUUGGUGGCUUGAGCUUUGAAACUACAGAAGAAAGUUUGAGGAGCUACUACGAGCAAUGGGGAAAACUUACAGACUGUGUGGUAAUGAGGGAUCCUGCAAGCAAAAGAUCAAGAGGAUUUGGUUUUGUGACUUUUUCUUCCAUGGCUGAAGUUGAUGCUGCCAUGGCUGCAAGACCUCAUUCAAUUGAUGGGAGAGUGGUUGAGCCAAAACGUGCUGUUGCAAGAGAGGAGUCUGGAAAGCCAGGGGCUCAUGUAACUGUGAAGAAACUGUUUGUUGGUGGAAUUAAGGAAGAUACUGAGGAACAUCAUCUCAGAGAUUACUUUGAGGAAUAUGGAAAAAUUGAUACCAUUGAGAUGAUUACUGACAGGCAGUCUGGAAAGAAAAGAGGCUUUGGAUUUGUUACUUUUGAUGACCAUGAUCCUGUGGAUAAGAUUGUGUUGCAAAAAUACCAUACUAUCAAUGGUCAUAAUGCAGAAGUAAGAAAGGCUUUGUCUAGACAAGAAAUGCAGGAAGUCCAAAGUUCUAGAAGUGGAAGAGGAGGCAACUUUGGUUUUGGAGAUUCUCGUGGUGGCGGUGGAAAUUUUGGACCGGGACCAGGAAGUAACUUUAGAGGAGGAUCUGAUGGAUAUGGAAGUGGCCGUGGAUUUGGGGAUGGCUAUAAUGGGUAUGGAGGAGGACCUGGAGGUGGCAAUUUUGGAGGUAGCCCUGGUUAUGGAGGAGGAAGAGGAGGAUAUGGUGGUGGAGGACCUGGAUAUGGCAACCAGGGUGGGGGCUACGGAGGUGGUUAUGACAACUAUGGAGGAGGAAAUUACGGGAGUGGAAAUUACAAUGAUUUUGGAAAUUAUAAUCAACAACCUUCUAACUAUGGUCCAGUGAAGAGUGGAAAUUUUGGUGGUAGCAGGAACAUGGGGGGACGAUAUGGUGGAGGAAACUAUGGUCCAGGAGGCAGUGGAGGAAGUGGGGGUUAUGGAGGGAGAAGCACAUACUGAGCUUCUUCCUAUUUGCCAUGGGCUUCACUGUAUAAAUAGGAGAGGAUGAGAGCCCAGAGGUAACAGAACAGCUUCAGGUUAUCGAAAUAACAAUGUUAAGGAAAAUCUUAUCUCAGUCAUGCAUAAAUAUGCAGUGAUAUGGCAGAAGACACCAGAGCAGAUGCAGAGAGCCAUUUUGUGAAUGGAUUGGAUUAUU